UAAUUCCCAUGCUGGCUGAGCUGCCCCGAUUGCAGCUGCCGUAGACACUGGCGCCAAAGUUCCCUCUGGUAAUUAUUGUACGAAACUAUGGCAGCAACAGAGGUGCACAGCCAGCGCUUGCCUGACGUAAGCGUGCUUUGCUCUUGGCACCCAUGUUGGCUGGGAUGGGUGCGUAGCGCGAAUUCAUAUUCUUCGAAGCUUCGACCCUUUGCCGGAAAGGUAUGACACGGCUUGUCUCGCCCGAUGAUACUUUUCUCAGACCCUUGCGUGCAGCAGCAUAAGGGCAUUCUCCUGUGUUGUGCCAGGUGCUUCACUGAUCACAUUACAAAGCAGCACACCAAUGCAAACAGCGAUUUUGAAAACUUGGGCACAAGCUCUGCUUGUGAAAACAAGUAUGCAGCUGCAAGCAACUGUGCAGUUGGGACGUCGUUUGCUGCUGUCUGGCGUCAUCCAUGCGCAUGGAGACGCAGGCGAUGGCUGGCGUGUCGGUAUCCGGCACAGAUAGCGUCACAGAAACGUCAGUUCCUCUAAUUCACGGUGCAACCACUAGACGUAGUGUUAUCUGAAAAAUGCUAUAAAUUCAUUUUCUGCUAGUUUCUGUCUGAAAACAAGGUUGCGUCAACCAAUUUCAGCACCUAAGCUUUCAUUUGGUCUAAAAAUCUUAAUGGCAAAAAUUUUGUUCAGUAUUGUUGAGAAAAAACUUUUGCGGUUGUUGGCUGCAUACAUUGAGUGUGGUGAGACGGGCCUUUUCUACUUUGAUGUUGCCGGCUCUUAUCGUUAAAUGUAUAGUAUAUUCUGUGCUUCCUUUCCUAUGUUGUAGAGACUAGUUGAAUACUGUGGAAGUGUAUUUCAAAAAAUUUGUUUUUCUGCUUUCCUGCCACUUUUCUAUUACACCCCUAAAGCUUAGAUAACUGUGUGCUUAUGCUGCUCUAGCGCUAAAAUUUUUUUUUUCUGCCUUUUUAUGAACUUUUUAGACACACAUCAGAAGACAUUUAAGGGCCCCACAAACCACCUCUGACAUUUUUUUACACAUUUUAUAAAUCUUUGUUCACAUACAGUCUAUUGUUAUCAUCAUCUUUUGCAAAUAUGGCAGUACUAAGCUCCGUGGAGAUGCUGCAAAUUAGAAAACAAUCUCGUGCUCCUCUCGGGGCUCUUCCUGUCCCUUCUUUGCACGUCAUGACAUAAGUGGGCAGGCUCCUACCCAGGUAAAGGCUGUCGAUUGGUCAGCGGUUAUGGUGCCAACAUAACAAGAGCCGGCUGUGUGUUUUAAGGCUGGGGCUCGGCCAUUGUGCACCACUAAUUCUUUUAUGAAGUUUUCAUUCCGUCGGCAUUGCACGGAGGGCGAUUAGGGAUGGACAGUGGAGGAGCCUUUCUUCUAAUGUAUUGAUGCGACCCGUAGCUUUUUCUGCACUGCAUGGAGUUGGUGAGAGUGCACGCCAGGGGGGAGGGUAGCAGAGGUGAGCAAGAAACUAUGGUGCCUGCACAGUAAUUCAUUAAGCACUUUUUUAGUCAUUAAACACCUUUUAGUUUUGCUGUUUAGGUACCAUUUCAUUAAAUUCUUGCGGCUGUAUGUUCAUUGUAGACUGGUGGACAGCUGCCACUAUGUAACAUUUUGAGUGGUUUAGGGGCUCUUUAACAGACUGUUUUAAGCUUGCUGGGCAAAAAGUCAUAAAGCACAUUCCAAAAAGUCACUUGAAUCGCUUAGUGUUUUCUUUAAUUAAUAAUCUGCUGCUAGCAACAUAAGUAUGUGCAGUGUACAAGGUGGGCAGAGACCGAUUUAUUUUCUAGACUGCCAAUCGCCAUUAAUGUUCUGGCACCUCUCUGAAACCACACUUUAUGAAGUCAUUCUGACUUAUCUGGUUUAUUUUAGCUUUGACAGUUAAGGCUUUGUGAGGCUGGCUUUACAGCACCUAGGAUACUCUAUGUCAAAUUGGUUACUUGAUUCUCUAUUAGUAGUGAAGUUAUAUUGCUCUAAUGCAUUUUUUUUUCUUGAAUUUGUAUUAAAGCUUUGCAGUACUCAUAUAGCAGGCAGUUUGUUCAUAAUGCUGUAAUUUGAAUAUCUUAUGUAAGCAACAUAGAGAGUCUAUGAUGCCAUCACGACAGGAAAGGUUUAUUAUAGGAUGAGUGUAGGUACUGUUGUGGAACCUGUAGUUCAUAUGAGGUAGAAUUGUAUGUUUAAAAGCCACAAGUUAGCUCAUUUUGUUUGAGAGAAAAACAAUUGGGCUUUCCUGUGCUUGGUGCACCAGUUUUCACAAACAAAAAUGAAUGGUUACAUAUACUUACGAACUGUGCCAGUGCUGGGUUAACUGUGCCUAUGUUGAUGAGCUAACAGCAUUUGACUGUCUGGAUUUUGUUUACAGAAGCUAUAGAGGUAUUGAAGCCAUAAAGCACUUGUGCUCACAGGCUUCCUUUUCCUGUGUGAUUCUCACUGCUGAGCGCCAUAUCUGAAGCCCAGUUGCAUUCAUUGGAUUUGAUGUCCUUUAUUGUAUGAGAAAAACAAUCAAAUCGUAUUUCUAUUGAAAAGCUGUUCAUUGAUUGCUGUAUUCAUUAAAAUUGCUUUAAGUGCAUGAAAAAAAAUUGUGCUGCAGUGCUGAGGAAGAUAAUAGGUUAGAAGAACAAAAACAAAUCAAAAUAUUGAGAAUGUGAAAUUAAAAAGGUUCAUAAGAAGUUCCAGGCAGUAGCAUUGUUUGCAAAGCAGAAACUGUUCAAAACAGUGAGCUUAGUUUUAGCAGGAGACCAGAUCUUGUCGAACAAUCUAUUUCAUGGUGAAAAAAAAACUUAUCCAACCGCCGGCUGAUUUGUCAUACAUGGAUGAGUUUACAAACACCAUAUUUUCGUGCUUACUAUGUGCGCCAAGAAUUCUAAAAUUUUAACUCUAAAGUCAGGGUGCAGGUUAUUGUACACAAAUUUCGCCUUUUGGUGUGGCUUCACGGCAGCAAAAAUUUUGCAGUGAGGCUACAUUUUAACACAAAGUGCUCUGCCAUCCAAAGCUUUAUCUCCUGAGGCACCCCACCCUGAGCAUCCGCUCUCAAUCCCCAUGUAUUGACGCUCCCCUCUUCUCCUCUUCGAGUGUCACCGUUUUGGGUUUUGGCUGUGUUAGUUCGUAAAUAGCGCAUGCGGCACUGGUGAACUCGAACUUGAAUCAUUAUGAGCUGUGCUCGAUGGCAAUCGUUUACAGCACAGUGCAAGCUGAUGAUCAGCAGCAUUGCCGGGGAGGUUUUUAACAGAUCCUCUGGUUAAAAACACAGUGUGGACGAGAUGUGCACAAGUGAAUGGAGACCGCUUUUACGAAGAUCUGAGUAUUCAUGUAUGUAGUUAUUUCUGUGGCUUAUGUUGUGUUUUUUUAAAUUAUGUGGUGUUGUAAUUGAGGGUGCAGGGUAUACGUGGAGACUGGUUAUAUGCAGAAAAAUAUGAUGUUGAAGAAUCGAGCAGUCAGAAAAAAACUAAUUUCUAUGGUGAUUCAUUGUUUUGAAAUGUCACUACAGCUAAAAAUUUGGUAAGGCUUGUGCCUGGUUUUGUGCUUCAUUAAAGGGACACUGUAGGCAAAUGUCAAUCUAAAUUGAUAGAUUCAUGCUCAAGAAUAUCUAAGGCGUCAAUAUUAUCGCGAACGAAGUUUUAGUAUACGAAAAAUUGGGGUAAAUGCAUGGCACAAUUUACAACUCACCUAGGACUUUCAAGUACUAGCCCGAUGACGAAGGCACUCCUUAUUAUAAUUCUGUCACUAGUACACAACCUCUCCCAAUAAAAAAAAAAUAAUUGUAUUGCAUUAUAAGAUGGAAGAAAGUGCUACUUGUCCAGUUCUGUUUGAUGUUUAGAAAAAAAAAAAAAAAAGAACUCAUUGAUGUUACCCCUGACAACAAUGUAUGGUCGAAAGGUUUAGUUUUCGCUUGACUCUGCGCUUCCCGUGCUUUCUUGUUUCAGUAGUUUCGUUAUGGCAUAGUGCUGCGCUGGUUUUGCUGGCUCACGAAACUCGUAAACUGCAAGCAGCAGAGAAUUCCACGUCUAUGUCAUGUUGCGGCCCACGCUAUUCGACCAAAAGCAGCUGCAGCGCUGAAUCCAAAGCUCUGUCUUGGCUCGGCUUCCUCUGUGGCCGCGUUUUGCGCAUUAAACUGUAACGCCGUCUGUUGGCCGCAGUCUUACUCGCCAACGGCAGUACAGAGAAACCUCGUUACUGCGAACACCACAUUAACGAACUUUUCAGAAUGAUUGUUAUUCAGUUUUCGUGUCAUGUUAAUGCCUUAGUAGUACGAACUAAUAUUCAAAAUUCUGGGGAUUCUUAGAUUUCCGUGUAUCCUUUACGGCAGCAGGAACAGUAGGCUAGCAGACGAGGCGCAAAAAGCGGACACCACGGCGCAUGGAUUCGGAAAACCCGAGACAGCGUCAGAGGGAAAAAAAAAACGCUGGGAGGGGACUUUAUUGCGGAGGUGACGACGCUUCAGGUGUUCUGAGUGCAUGAUCCGCCCAAAGAAGUGUCGUCUAGCAAUGGAGGCAUGUUUCUCCGUUUUUUUCGCCCUUCUUUCUGUGCGUGCCUCUUCUUUCACGCUUCUUUCUGUGUCCGUACCAGCUGCGUCCGCGAAGAAAUGUUAACCUCCGCGCUUGCGGGAACGCCACACAGUUGCACUUUCCGGACAAUGUCGUUUACAUGCGCUUGCACUUUUUGAGGGAUAGUUGAGGUGUCCGCUUCGAGUAAGACAGUUGCGGUGUCCACGGCAAGGAAUGUGAAAAACAAACAAGAAGAAAUGUUAUGCUUUAUAGGCAAUAUGGAGUUGCUUCAUUGUCCGUGGUUUUCUCAGCGUCAGCGUCUUUUGCACGCGCCACUGAAUAUAUGGGGGUUGGUAGUGGCAGAAUCUAUGAAAAAUUGCAACAGCACAGGCUGAGAGCCAGCAGUGGCAUUUUCAUGAAUAGCUCAUACAGUGACAACUGAUAAACUGAUGGUGGGUCAAAUGGUUAAUUUUGGGGCUUUCACUAUAAUGACCUUUCAAAAUAAAUAGUUUGCUGCGGUCCCCUGGAGUUUGUUAUAUUGAGAUUUCACUGUAAAAGACAGUGAUGGUGUAUGUAACCUCACCACUCCCCCGCUUAGGGGGCGAGUGACUUGAAUUGCGCUAAAGGUAUGUGGACCCUUCAGAAGCGAUUUUCUCUUAAACUAACGGUGGGAGAGAGGAGGGGCUGUCCUUCCCAAAUGCCUCCACCACAGCAUCUAAACCUUCAGAUGCACAAAAGUUCUUGCAUUACAGCACAUGUGUCUUAGAGAGCUGUAAUAGUUGGCUUUAAACACCAAACACACCCUCCAACUCCUUUGCAAGAGAGCACGUGCCCUUUGCAUUGGUGCCUUUGUACCGGCAAUGAAAGUCCUACCACUCCCUACCACAAAAAUGGGCAAAUGAGCCAAAGAGAGUUAUUUGCAUUAAAAUGAGUGAAUGAAUCGAGCUCAUCAGGGUUGGCUGAGGAAUUUUAUGGUUCAUAAAUACAUUUUUUCUACGCGCUACUUGCCUGCAUGAGGUAUAAACCCAGUACUGGCAUAGUUCUGUUCUAGGUAAGCUUUUUGAGAGGACUAGGUAGGAGAACACAGACCAGCCCAGCAGCUUCUCAUGAUGCUACAUUGGAAGGCAAAAGAAUUGUACUGAAACUGCUGGGCUGGUUUGUGUGUUCUACAGGUGGCUGGAUGCUGCUCCUGCUUACGAGAUGCUGAGGCAGCAUCUUGUUGCACAGCUCAUGGCUGCUGGACAUUGAAAGUGUGGUUUCAGAGCUGGUGAGCCUUGUUUGGGACCUUCUUUGCAGAAAUGGCAUUUUUUGUGCGCAAGCUGAACAUGAGAAUUCAGGCAAAAGAGCAAGGCUCUAACAAACAGAUGGCAUCAAAGUCAUGUGCCUUGUCUCUAGUGCGUCAGCUGUACCAUCUUGGUGCUAUUGAUGCCUACACAGGAGUUGCCAAGAAGAAGACUGAAAGCAAGUUGGAGCCAUAUGCAGUCACUCUGAAACCAGAGGUUGUUGAAGAAAUGGCCGAGACUAUUAGAGCUUUGAAGAUUGAAGCUGUCUGUGUUCCAGAAAACCCUGAAAGCAUGAGUGAGCCCUUCUCACUGAAAGUUCCACGUCAACUUGAGGAGGAGCAGGUGGUAGCCCAGCCUGUACCUGGAGGAGUCGUACCUUGGUCCCCACCACAGCAGAAUUGGAACCCUUGGACAUCUUGCAACAUUGACGAGGGUCCUAUGGCCACUAUGACAUUGAGUCAGAUCAGCGAUGAUAUUCUUAAUAACUACAAUCAGCAAGUGGACCAUGACCCACAACUAAAAAAGAUGUUGGAUGAACGUUACCAACUUCCGGUCUACAAUUCCUAUGACAGCAUAUUAGAUGCUAUCCACCAGUCGCCAGUUGUCAUCAUACGAGGUGCCACAGGCUGUGGAAAAACCACUCAGGUGCCACAGUAUAUACUGGACUCGUACAUAAAUCAAGGGAUUGGCGCUGAAUGCUGUAUUGUUGUCACUCAGCCUCGGAGAAUCAGUGCAGUGUCAGUUGCUGAACGAAUUGCUGAAGAACGAUCUGAGCAACUUGGUCAAAGUGCCGGCUACAGUGUUCGUUUUGAAUCUGUGCUCCCACGUCCCUAUGGGUCCAUCUUGUUCUGCACAGUGGGUGUCCUGUUAAGGAAAUUGGAAGCUGGUCUUCGAGGAGUAUCUCAUGUCAUCAUUGAUGAAAUUCAUGAGCGAGAUGUCAAUACUGACUUCAUCAUGGUUGUUAUCAGAGACAUGGUGCGAGCAUUCCCCCAGUUGCGUGUUAUACUGAUGUCUGCCACCAUUGAUGUAACAUUGUUCCAGUCAUACUUCGAAAAUUGUCCAGUCAUUGAGGUUGAAGGACGAGCACACCCUGUUCAAGAAUACUUCUUGGAGGACUGCAUUGAGCUAGUCAACUUUGUGCCCCCACCAAACUCAAAAAAGCGCAAAAGGGAUGAAGAGGACAUUGAGACAGAUGAGCCUGAUGAGAACUUGAAUAAAGUGAUAGACCCAAGUUAUAAGCCUUCAACAAAGAUGGCCAUGGCUCAGUUGGAUGAGAAGACCUUGUCAUUUGAAUUGAUUGAGGCACUUCUUCUACAUAUUAGGAGCAUGGAGGAGAAAGGAGGUGCUGUGCUGAUAUUUCUGCCUGGCUGGAAUUUGAUUUUUGCCCUAAUGAAGCACCUGCAGCAGCACCCCACCUUUGGUAGUUCUCAGUACCAAAUUUUGCCACUGCAUUCACAGAUUCCCCGUGAAGACCAGCAUAAAGUCUUUAGGCCCGUGCCUGAUAAUGUGACAAAGGUGAUUCUUUCGACAAACAUUGCUGAGACAAGUAUUACCAUUAAUGAUGUAGUGUUCGUCAUAGACUCGUGCAAGGCCAAGAUGAAACUGUUCACGUCGCACAAUAACAUGACCAACUAUGCCACAGUGUUUGCUUCUAAAACAAACCUGGAGCAACGUCGAGGCCGAGCAGGACGGGUUCGACCAGGCUUCUGCUUCCACCUCUGCAGCAGGGCACGUUAUGAAAAGCUGGAAAACUACACCACCCCUGAGAUAUUCCGUACGCCACUUCAUGAACUGGCACUCGCUAUCAAACUUCUUCGCCUUGGGGAUAUCACUAAGUUCCUCUCGAAGGCACUGGAGCCUCCACCUAUAGAUGCUGUUAUUGAAUCUGAAGUCCUACUUCGGGAAAUGGGAGCUUUGACAGUUAUGGGUGAACUUACAGCAUUGGGAAAGAUCUUGGCUCGUCUGCCCAUUGAGCCUCGGCUUGGCAAGAUGCUGAUUCUUGGCCUCAUUUUUGGGGCGGGUGAUGCACUGUGUACAAUAUCGGCCAACAGCAGCACAUUCCCAGAACCAUUUGACACACCCUUCCCCAGGCGGCUGGCAUAUGUGCAGCGGCGCUUCUUUGGGGGACGCUGGAGUGACCACAUCACACUUCUUAACGUGUUCAACCAGUGGGAACAGGCUCAUAUGCAGGGGGAGUAUGCUGAGGGCAGCUUCUGUGAUCAGUUUUCCAUCUCCAUGCCCACACUGCGCAUCACCUAUGAUGCUAAAAAUCAGAUCAAGGAGCUGUUGAUGAGUGCUGGGUUUCCUGAGGUGUCAGUGGCACCAGAAGCAUACAACUUCAAUGGUGUCGACCCCAAACUUGAUGUGAUGGUGGCUCUGCUGGUGCUUGGCCAUUACCCGAACAUUUGCUAUCACAAAGAAAAGCGUAAAGUGCUCACUACUGACAACAGGUCAGCCCUCAUCCACAAGACUUCAGUCAACUGCACCAAUCUGCCAGCAUCCAAGUUCCCAAGCCCAUUUUUUGUCUUCGGUGAAAAGAUCCGUACAAGGGCAGUCUCCUGUAAGCAGAUGUCGAUGAUAUCACCCAUACAUAUCUUGUUGUUUGGUUGCAAAAGAGUGGAAUUGCUGAAUGGUGUGGUCCAAGUCGACGGCUGGAUCAACCUGAAGAUGGAUCCCCAGGCUGUUGCCCAUAUAGUCUCUCUGCAACUGGCCGUGGACAGUGUCAUUAAUGAUGUCGCCAAUGACCCAGUGCUUCUAACACAACCUCCAGAUGAUAUGGCUAGGAUAAUUGGCACUAUCAAGAAGCUUUGUCGCUUUGACUCCAUUGAAGUUGGCACAGAAGGUGCAGAUGUCACUGAGUCAUUUGGUGGAAAUGCACAGCCCGUCAGAAAGAUGCCUCGAUUGAGCAAUGUUGGUGGAGGAACCAGUCCUGGAGGAGACUACUCGAAUGAUUUCAGGGGUGGCUUCAGGGGAGGUUUUCGUGGAGGAUUCAGAGGUGGCUAUGGAAAUGAAAACAGAGGGUAUUCUGGGUUCGGAGGCAGCUACAACCGUGGGCGUGGCUAUGGGUAUGGCAAUGGGGGUGGCACUGGUUAUGGAAACUCUGGUGGCUAUGGCUAUGGGAGCCGUGGUGGUUAUGACAGUGGAAGUCGUGGUGGCUUUGGCAGCAGAGGCAGCUACCAGCCUGGAGGAUACAAUGGUGGAUCACAACAAGGCUCUGGAUGGGGUGGUGGACGAGGAAGGGGAGGUUUUCGUGGAGGGUGGGGGGGAUACUAAAGCAUACUUUGGUUUACUAGUGCAUUAGUUUCCACAAGCUAGUGGUUUGCAUCACUUGUGAUUAUGUUCAUCUUUAAGGCAUUGUUAGCAUUUUGUCUUCAUUUGUUCUCACUGCACAGAUUCACCAAUAUCAACAAAAGACCUUGUGCACAUCCGAGAUCUUUAAUAAAGGUACCAUUUCCUCA